AUUCUCUACCUUCGUAGCAACUCCAUAUCUAGCCAGAGGGUCAUACCAUUCCUCGUCGGAAUCCUAUUCUUCACACAAGGCCUGUCAUCUUGGGUAUACGGUUUGCUCAUAUAUAAGGGAUACCUCAAACGUCGAAUAGUAAUAACGUAUCCACUACCUUUACUACUUAUCUUACUACUUAUCACAUCACAGGCCAUCCUCAUUGGAGCUGCUAUUCUCACUAUCUUUUUCGUUCUUCGGAUUGCCCUCUUCUACAGUAAUAGAGGCAUAGUUGAAAACUUCAGACAGGUGCUAUCGCUAGUCCCCUCAUCACAGGAUCAAAGUAUCAUAAUUACUGCAUCUCCUCAGGAUCCUUCAACUCCUGAUAAAUGGAUUAAAAACAGAGAUCCCACCCCAUGGGAAUUCUUCAUGAUAUUUGGUCUAACUAUUCUCCUAGGUAUUGGUAAGGCCGCGUAUGAUUCCCAAAUACCUGCUAUUGUAUACCAUCAUUUCCAGCUUACUGAAUACCACGUCAUAGCAGUAUGUAACUACAAGGGGUAUAGGAGCAUAGGUUCUACCUUGGUUUAUGGUAUCGAUCUCUGGGGUGUAGAUAAGAUUGGCGCUAUAUACUCAGAUCAAAGAGUCUUCCCAACAACAUCGGUCAUUCUUCUGGUUAUCGUAGUUAUAGCGUAUCUCCCUUCAGGGGGAUACUGGCUGAAGAACUCUUUACCACAUAGAGCCCGAUAAGAGCAAGAUUUACUAUACAAAGAUAUAAUAGUCUGCGCUCUCAAAUUAUCUACUACAUACCUAAACUGUGAUGAUAACGAUUAUUAUUAUGAUUAUGCACACGUCCAGAACCUUGUAUGAGGAGUAUGAUAUACUAUAUUAACCAUACUAUUGGUAUGAUUGACAACCCUCUCAUUAUUAUGUUGUAUAAGCUUUCAUCCUCGUUGUGAGAUCUUACUUGUCU